AUGGGAGACAUAUUCCUCUUCCUCUUCCUCUUCGCCUUCAAUCUCUGGUUCACUCUCAGUCCCCGGUUCGUCCCAAUUCUCCGACUCACUUCUGGAGCCGGGGCAAAUACUCCCUCCGGGGAUGUCGUCCUCUUCGCCCUCGGUCUCUGGCUCAGCCCCACCUCCGCAUCUUUAUACUCUUCGUCAGUAUCCUCGCUACCCUCCUCUCUACCCUCUUCCUCUCCACCCUCUUAUUUUCCACCCUCUUCCUCUCCACCCUCUUAUUCUCCACCCUCUUCUUCUCCACCCUCUUCCUCUCCACCCUCUUCCUCUCCACCCUCUUCCUCUCCACCCUCUUCCUCUCCACCCUCUUCCUGUCCACUCUCCUCCUCUGAAGACACAUAUACAAUUUGCUCAUUCCACUUUAACCUCCUCGCUGAGCUUUCCCCACUUUACGUUCUUCAGCCGCGUUUGGAGCUCGGUGCCGCUGAUCUUGGAGCUACACCACCGCUGCCGCCAGUAGGAUCAACACUGGUAGGCGGCGUAGACGGACCACCGCUCUUACCUGACUUAGAUUUUGUUUUCUCCCCAUUCUUAUCCUUACCAGGUUUGCCACCCUUAUUCUUCGCCGCCUCAGCUCCGGCGGCUUUAAUAGCCUCAAGGGCCUUUGCAGCUUCGACAGCUUCAAGAACCUUGGCAGCCUCAACAGCCUCAGCAGCCUCAGCAACUCUCGUAGCAGCCUUCUUAGCAGCCUUCUCAGCAGCUUUCUUAGCAGCCUCCGCCUUCCCCUUCCUCCUCCUUAAACGCCUCUCCUCCUUCGUCUCCUUUUUCUUUGGCUCGAUCCCCGUUGGCUUCGCACCCGCAUUUCUCUUCUUUUUACGCGAUGGCGGUGGACGAUUGUUUCGGCCAUCCACAACACUUUGUUCGAUGCCAGCGGUUUCUGCGGCUGUGGGCGGUUUGGCGAGGCCUUGGGAGGCGAGCACGUUGGCGUUGACGGCGGCUUGGACGGCGGGGUUGGCGCGGACGUCGGCGCGGGUUAUGCGGGUUACUCUGGGGUCGCGUUGCCGUUGGAUUCGGGGAGGCAUUUUGUAUGGUGUUGCUGUUGUAUUGUGUUGUAUGGCGCUGUGUGGUGCUGUAUGGUGCUUUCUUGUGUGGUGUGGUGUGGUGUGGUGUAUAAAACGAUAAUUUCGAGCUUUUUCCGAGUAUCAAACUCGUUCAGGGAAUUAUCAAACUCUGAUAUGGGAAUGGGGAAUAUGACUGGAGAAGGAAUGCAGAAUUUCAAUUGAUACUCGGAUGAAAGUUGGGGAUAAUAAAUGCAAAUUGUGUAUGAAAGCCGGGGAUACGACACGAGCAAUGAAAGGAGAGGAAGUUGGGACGAAAGGGUGAGUCGGCGAGGGACAAGAGAUUCUUUACAGAAGAGUUCGAGGGCUGUUUUCGGACUCGAACGGUGUGGCUUUAAUGGGUUUGAACCUUUGUUGGGAGGGACGGGGGCGCCGGAUGGGGAUGUCUGUUUCCUUUGACGACGAUUUUAAAAGGGGGAUAAAGGUGUAAGAG